UACAGCCACCCCCAUGUCGACAAAUGUAUUUCGAAAUUCAAAUUUCUGCUUGAACUUAACCCCCAUCUCGACUGUAUCCCAUGAGUUCGCAGUCACCCGCUGAACUGCGUCGCGCAUCUCCAAAAUCUCAGGACGCGUCUCCAGAAGACAGCAGCGCCGAUGUCGCGAAUCUCACCAACAGGGGGUCCGUCCCUGCGAUCGAAAAGCGUGUACCUCUAGCCUGCCAUAGGUGUAGAAUCAAGCGUGCAAGAUGCUCUGGAGAGCGCCCCGUCUGCCGUACCUGUUCCAAAGUUGGUGAAGAAUGUACUUGGCCCAGUGGCAGACGGCGGAAACGAACUCGGAAGGAAAUGGAGGAAGAGGAACGUAGGCAGAGGGAAAGGGAUCAAAAGGACGUCGAGGUUUCAGAAGGUCUACAUGAUCUAAAUCGGAGUGAGAUGUCGCCUUCACUUUCUUGGACAACCAGUGGUGUCUUGGAUCAAUCCCUCAGUGCGGCUAACAUGUGGGAUUUCCCUAUGCCCGUGUCAUCGUCGUCGUAUAUAUGGCCUAUACCAGGACCCUCCGUCAUGAGCCAGACACCUACGACCCCGAAUUUUCCAUUCCCACAACUCAGUGGUCAGCCAGAAAAACAGACUGCCAAUCUUGUGCGCGCUCUCGAGUCCCAAGUUGCCUACAUUGAUGGAGAUCCCACGAAAUCAGAUGAACUGGAACUGUAUUAUUAUCGUUUUUCCGGAUCUACCGCAAUUCAUCCGGGCAUCAAUCGGAUCUCAUUAAAACUUCAGCCGAGGACUGCUGGAUCAAGCGCGAGUGCCCCAGUGCCCAGUGCUCAAUCUAAGCCUGGCUCUCCAGAGCCGCCAGAGCAAAUGUUCGAUGAGGCUGGACUGCCAUUGCCGCAUAUUCGGCUACCUCUGCUCGAUACAUUUUUCCGCACAAUGAGCGCAUAUUUUCCUAGUGUAAGUAGGAAAAGGAUGGAGUUCAGGCUGGAGACAGGCACAAUGUCAGCGUUCUUGUUGAAUUGUAUAUGUGCAGUCAGUGCGAGGUUUCAUCCCUCAGGGACUCAAUCUCCUGCAAAGACUUGUGCUCCUUUCAUAACGAAAGCGCAAGAGCUCAUUAUCCCCCUUCUUCAUCUACCCACAACGGACGUAGUAACAGGCCUGCUGCUUCUAGCUUGGGCAAAUUUUGGGCAGAACUCGGAGAGCGGACUAUGGCAAUAUUCUGGUAUGGCGAUACGGAUGGCCUUGGACCUAGGAUUGCAUGAGAUAUCUGAGAUAUAUGAAUCGUUGGCACACGUCGUCCGGACGCGUUUGCUCUUCUGGAAUCUCUUCAUAACGGACAGAAUACUUGCAUUUUCCACUGGCCGGCCGCCCUCCAUAUCUGAAGAAAUAAUUGAAAUUCCCCUGCCAACUGAUGAAGAUUUCUUUCCCGAUCCUGCUUCGCGCACAGGCGAUCCUCCGGAGAAAAUGCAACCAAGCCCAUUCCAGCAUUGGGUCAGGUUGAUGGUUUUGUGUGGGCGGAUAGCAAACGUAUUGAAUGGACGACGAGGGAGAUUACGGACUCUAGUGGGCCCAAGUGAACCAAGCGUGGAUUUGCUAAGUGGGCUUCAGGGCCAGCUCGUGCAGUUUUAUGCAGAUCUUCCGGAGGAAAUGAAGUGGAGCGUUGAGAAUUUCAGGCGACAAGAAGCACGAAAUCAUGGUGGCACAUUUUUGGCGCUGCAUCUUUGGGCUAAUGCGGUCAUGACAUUGGUGUACCAUCCGGAGCUACUUACGAGUCCGUCAGGGAUGGAAACGCCUCUGUCGCAAAAUAUGGAUCGGUCAAUCAAGCUGUCCAUGUCGAGCGCGAGGACUAUCAGCGAAUGCUUGGUCUUUGCCGACUUAUUCGCUUCUCAGUCUUAUUUAUCAAAUCCGUUUGUGGUUCAGCCCAUAUAUAUCGCGUGCCUGGCUUUCAUUCAUGACCUGAGGAUAAGCAGCAUGAUGGAACUUACCCAAAAACCUCCCACAGCUGAGUUGCUGUUGACAUCGCUGGCACGGCAGAACCUAUCUGCUCUUAUCAAAGCGAUACAGCACAUGGAACAUUAUUGGGCAGGAAUAUCAUACGUCUCUGGAAUUCUGGAUAGUAAGGCGGUUGGGCUGGGACGUGUGAGGAUCGAUCCGUCUAAGAAAACUUUCAUAUCUCUUCCCGACAAAGGCUUACUAAGGAGGUUUACUUCAUCGGAUUUGAAUACAAGACCGCCCACUGAAACAUCGUUGAGGGCCUCUAUGGCGAAGGAGGCUGCAGAAGCAAGUACGUGCUCAUUGGAAGAGCUGUUGAGGACAUACUCUGUCGAGGGUUUCUAUGUCCAACCAGCGGAUUCGUUUGAUCUGCAAAGCCUGUUGGGUUCGGGUGUUGGUGCUACAGCUAGAGCGGGGAGUGAGACGAGCUCGCAGAGCAUUGUAUAGGAGGCCGGUAACCGG